AACUGUUUAUUCACUACAUUGAGGUCUUUCCUCGCCUCACAUCUUAUCUAACAUUUAAAUGUCAUUAAAAAGCAUUAGAUAUUAGUAUUAGAGAUAAAACACUGAAAAAGUACUCAAAAAACUCAUUACAAACCAAACACUCGAGAAAAACGUCGCAAAAAUGGAUUUCUCUCUUCUCGACCAACAAAUCGACUCCAUUUCCGCCGACAAAAACCAAAUCUACAAACAACUCAACACCGCUUCCGCCGAUAAUCCAAACGACGUCCAACUUCUCUGGCGUUUGGCCAAAGUGGCUCUUCUUCUGUCAGAUUUGGCCGAAAAAAACGGUCAAAAAGACGAAUGCAAGCGUUGGUCUAUUGCAGCCGUCGGUCACGCAAAAGCAGCCGUAGUCGCCGAACAACAGUCUCUCGAAGCCCACAAAUGGUUGUGUGCGGCAGUCGGCCGGUUGUCUCCUUUUCUGCCGACUAAAGAACGCAUCGAAUGCGGACAUGAAUUCAAAGUCCAUUCAGAUAUCGCUCGAAAACUCGACCCAAACGACCGACUUCUGCACCAUAUGUACGGACGAUGGUGCUAUGAAGUGGCGUCUCUGUCUUGGAUGGAACGCAAGUUGGCCGCAACCUUCUUCGGAACGCCUCCUGAGUCGACUUUCGCGGAGGCGUUGAAUGCUUUGGAAAAAGCAAAUGAAUUGAGAAACGAAUGGAUUGGAAAUCAUUUAUGGAUUGCAAAAGUCUUGAUUGCAAUGAAAAAACCCAAAGAAGCCCUAAAAUGGAUUGAUUCGGGUCUUCAGAUCCAACAGAACACCGAAGAAGACGGUUUAUCACAUCAACAACUGAUUCAACUCCAAAACAAACUCAACAAAUGAGUCAUUUCUUUAUUUUUGUCAAAAACUAGUCAAAAACUAGUCAUAAAGUGAUUCAAAACCAAUUCAA